GUAGCGUCCCCGGCGAAUCCGGAGCAACGAUGCCCAGCGCAUCGGGUCAGUUUGGCACACAGACAAUGAAGAAGAUUGGACAUCGGAGUGUAGACUCUACAGGGGAGACCACAUAUAAGAAGACCACGUCUUCUGCACUGAAAGGAGCCAUCCAGCUCGGCAUCACACACACGGUCGGCAGCCUUAGCACCAAGCCUGAGAGAGAUGUCCUAAUGCAAGACUUCUAUGUGGUAGAGAGUAUUUUCUUCCCCGCCGAGGGCAGCAAUCUCACCCCUGCCCAUCACUACAAUGACUUCCGAUUCAAGACGUACGCUCCAGUUGCUUUCCGCUACUUUCGGGAGCUCUUUGGCAUUCGGCCAGACGAUUAUUUGUAUUCCCUGUGUAAUGAACCCUUGUUCGAGCUGUGUAAUUCUGGAGCCAGCGGGUCCCUCUUUUAUGUGUCCGGGGAUGACGAGUUUAUCAUUAAGACGGUUCAGCACAAGGAGGCUGAGUUCUUGCAGAAGCUGCUGCCUGGAUAUUACAUGAACCUGAAUCAGAACCCCCGGACCCUCCUACCCAAAUUCUAUGGGCUAUACUGUGUCCAGGCAGCCGGGAAGAACAUCCGGAUCGUAGUUAUGAACAAUUUACUGCCCAGGUCAGUGAAGAUGCAUCUGAAGUACGAUCUGAAGGGCUCCACUUACAAGAGACGUGCAUCAGCCAAAGAGAGAGAGAAAAGCUUCCCCACCUUCAAGGACCUGGACUUCUUGCAGGACCUGCCAGACGGACUCUUCCUGGACCCUGAUAUGUACAGUGCCCUUUGCAAGACCAUCCAGAGGGACUGCCUGGUGCUGCAGAGUUUCAAGAUCAUGGACUACAGCUUAUUGGUCGGCGUCCACAAUAUGGACCAUGCGCAGAGGGAGCACGCGGUGACGGAUGGAAUGCAGGCCGACACGCGCAGACCACUCACGCAGAAGGCCCUGUAUUCCACCGCCAUGGAGUCCAUCCAGGGAGAGGCACGACGAGGGGGCCCCAUCGAGACAGAUGAUCAGAUGGGCGGUAUACCAGCUCGCAAUACCAAGGGAGAGCGCCUCCUGCUCUAUAUUGGAGUCAUUGACAUUUUGCAGUCCUACAGGUUCAUCAAGAAGCUAGAACACUCCUGGAAGGCUCUGGUUCACGAUGGGGACACGGUUUCCGUUCACAGACCCGGAUUUUACGCAGAGCGUUUCCAAAAGUUUAUGUGUGCCACGGUGUUUAAGAAAAUUCCACUGAAAGCCUCGCCAUCGAAGAAGAGCCGGACAAUGCCAGGGGUGACACGCAGAGCGACCCAGGCUAUGAUCCCCACCCAGCUGCAGCUGUCUGAUGAAAACAAGCAGUACCUGGGGCCAGAGGCGGAGUCGGACCAGGGCGCUCUGUAUGGGCGGCCAGAUGUACUGCCUCGGACGCCUCCUGUAGACGAAGCGGCAAGUGAUUCAUUGGCUACCACCCUGUCCACAUCCUCGCUGGGCAGCGGCGGCCUGAACUCUCCUGCACACAGGUCGGUGGGGGUGGAAGUGCACAAAGCUGAAGCGACAGAACAAGAAUUGUACAUGCGGGAGAGACCAGAGUCGGGGAAGACAGGAGAAGAGGAGGAUGAAGAUGACGGAAUUCUGGACCCCAAUCAGAUAGAGACGGAGAUCAGCUUUUGAGAUGGGUUCCGCUGUUUAAGACGUUUCACUCCUGGACCGCUGGAGCUUCCCACGGCCUCUGACUGGUCCGCGCUGCUGAGCUGACGUCCAGACUUGACCAGCGCUGCAGUAUGUGUGGACGGGGGGAGGGGCCCGGCGCCCGCCCCCCUUCCUUUAUCACUGACAGGACGCUCUGCCACCACCAUGCCCAUGGUGAAUGUUACAAGCGGGGAAGGGGUGCCUCCUCUUCUGAUUUGCCUUACCCUUCACGAGGAGCUCCCCUCCUCCCGCUCUCCCCUCCCCUCUUUGUUUUUUUUCCUGGAUUCACCUUUUCCUAUUUAAUCUAUUUUUUUUAAGUAGACAAGUUACCUGGGACUUCUGCUGUUCUUGAUGCUGCGUUGAGUAAACUCGGACCAAAAAAAAACAAAAAAAACUGAGAAAGCAUUUGCUGCCUAAUUUUUGGGGUCACCACCCCUCACCCCUCUACUCCCACUCCAGCGUGACAAGCUGUGACCUCAUCAUACGGUGUUACCAUCACAAUUUACCUCCUCCAAUCAAUCGUUACCGUGGAGCUGGUGUAACCAAACCCCCUUUGCUGUGUGCCAACUUCUUCUCCUACCUGAGGCGUCCUCCCGGAUCUGCAGCCGUCACCUUCCUUGUCAUUUUAAUCUUUGCAAUAAUUUGGCCCCGCCCC